AUGGCUUGGCACGCGAGAGGCGUCAUGGCGGCCAACAGUCUCCAAGCGGCAGAUGCUGCUGGCGAGGCCAAAGACGAGGAGACCGAGGAGCCGGUCUUGGCCUUUCCGUUGGUGCUCAAGGGCAUGCACAACGUCAACCGCGCCUGCGAAUCCCUUCUUUCUCUUACCUACAACUCUAUGCAAUCUUUGCACAAGGUGAAGAAAGGCAAGACAAUCAACGUGAUCACAUCGUCAGACCAGAAGUACAUGCCGGGACUGAUUGCCCUCAUCAACUCCACCAUCGUGCACACCAGCAACCCGUUGGCCUUCUACAUCGUGGCCGACGCCAAGCCCGAACUCCACGAGCAGUUCCAGGAGUUCCUUUACUCGCUCUUCCCGAAGGGCCGGUUUACCAAGCAGACCGUCGUGGGGUUUGACACGGCGCGGGUUGCAAAGCUCAUCAAGACCUACCCCAGCGUCAUGAAUGACCCCAAGAUCCACGCCAACCCCAACAACUACGCCCGUUUCUACUUCCAUGAGAUCUUCCCCGAGCUCUCCAAAGCAGUCUACCUGGACCCGGACACGAUCAUGCUGGGCAACAUCGCUGAGCUGGGAACGAUCCUCGACCACCAGUCGCCCAUCGUGCAAAAAGCCUUCGACAAGGAUGAACCCUACUUCAAUGCAGGUGUGGCGGUCAUCAAUUUUGACAAAUGGCGAAGCCAGAACGUGACUGGCGUCGUCGAGCACUGGCUGGCCCUGCACAAGGAGCAGAAGCUCUGGUCUUGGGGCACCCAGCCACCACUCAUGGCCGCCUUCUACCGCAACUUCCACAUGCUCGACAGCUCCUGGAACGUUCGCCACUUUGGAGCGAAGGGCAUGGUGCCACCGCUGGUCGAGUUCGUGCGGGCCAAGGUGCUGCACUGGAACGGAGCCAACAAGCCGUGGAGCGCCGAGUGCCGGCGCGACUCGACCUGCUUCCGCUCGUGCUGGGCGCCCUUCUACAACCACACCCUCAUCAAAGAGCUCCUCGCGGCCUCUCCGGACCUCGCCUCCCACUACUCCUCCCUCCUGCGCGCUGUGCCCUGA